UAUGACAGGAAGAACAAAGGCAGGGAGAGAGCAGGUGGAGAAUGACAAAGAGAAAACCUGUUACUGUGAACUACGCUGCUACUUUUCUCAUAGACUCUCCCAAAGAAAUCAUUAGAGGAGCAAUCCAAAGCAUUUCAUGUACCUGGCUUCAGCCGCAUAAUCUGGAUCUGAGAAAGACUCUUCUUUACAUGUGAAUUUCUGUUGCUGAAAACUCUACAGAAAACAGCAGCAGACAGUGGAUUGUAUUGUACCAUGAUGAAAGCCAUGGCAAAAGAGCAACAUGAAAAGGAAAAAGCCUCACAGAUUUAUGGCCAGGAACUGAGCAUGAAAGUGUUUCUGAACUGCUAGAGAAAUAAUGAAGAGAACUCCAUACAGCUGUCACAUUGCAAUCAAUGUAGAGGAUAUUUUUGUUACAACUACAAGGUUGUCCCAGUGCUAGGAAACAGACACACUGGCCAUUAUUACUAAAUAUUUCCUUGAUAAGAAUUGGGGAAAACAAUUUACUGUGAAGAUGGCAAACUCUCAGCUCAAGUGCCUGGAGGAUGAACUGGAAUUUGUAGACAUUACUGAGGCAAGCCCCCAAUUUUAUUACUCUGAAAAGCAAAGGUCUGCCUUGGAAAUACUAUUAAGCUCUGGAGAAAAUGACUUUCAAAGCUACCUAAAAAGUGAAGAAAUGCGACCGUUUCUGUCCAGAGAGGAAGUGGUUUCCAUGGCAAGUUCUGCAGUGGAUUCACAGCUGGGAAAAAUAGAGUAUGAGGAAGACUCGGAGCUGGAUGAUGAUCUUAGUAUCAGUUACUGGCCUGGAAAAACUGAUGUCCCAACCCCCAUGCUGGAUCUGGGGUGGCCAGAAGGAGAUACCUGGAAAGGGAUUACACGGGCUGAGGUCUACACUCACCCUCCUUCAAAUAAUGCUCCACACAUAAAGGUGGUCAUCAGAAGAGCCAUUCAAGGUGCUACAAAGGUUAUUGCGAUAGUCAUGGACGUUUUCACCGAUCCAGAUAUUUUCCUGGACUUGCAUGAAGCAGCCACACGAAGAAUGGUUCCAGUGUACAUAUUACUAAGUUCUCAUCAUUUGUCCCCUUUUCUUCACAUGGUGGAAACAACAGGAGUUAAUGUCCGAUUUACAGAGCAUGUAACCUCAGAUUUGUCUGGAUGUUCCUUUAGUACAAAACAACUGAAACAAGUAACAGGAAAGCUGAAAGAGAAAUUUCUCCUAAUUGAUAGUAACUCUGUAAUCACAGGAUCCUAUAGUUUCACGUGGACUGAUUCACGACUGGACAGAAAUCUUAUUACACAGCUAACAGGGGAAAUUACAGACUUGUUUGACAAUGAAUUUCGGACACUGUUUGCAGCUUCCCGUCCUUUGCAGAGAUAUGAUUUUGCCAAAGACCCUAACAACGAGGUUCACAAUAGACUUCCAAUACCCUCCUCAACAAUAUUGGUGACUAAAGAGACAGAAAAUGUCAGCUUCAAAGCCCAGGUUGUGCCUGUUGUACCAGAGCCUUACACAAAUGGAUUUUCCUCUCCACAGAGGUUUACCACCAAUGGAGCAUUGCAGCCAACUGACGUCCUCCAAUCGCCCUAUAUAAUUCCAGCAGGACCCACACAGAUGACUAAAAGUAUUAAUAAAAUAGCAGAACGUAGGACAGUAAUGCCAGGAACAGGAAUGGUCCUGGGUAUGGAUAGUGGAUAUAAUAGAGCCUCAUUGGCAUUGCAGGAUUCUUCUGUUACCAAAGACCCAGUAAGUGUGCCUGAUUACUCAAUUCGCCAUCGACUUGCAGCCUGUCGCAACUUUGAAGGACCAACUUUAUCCUUCCGAACUGCACAGGAGUCUCACAGUGCCUUAAGUGAUAUUUUAAAGAAUGUACAGCGGAACAGACUGUCUGUUGCAAAGACAACCGGAGGAAGACCCAGCAAGUCCCUCUGGGAUCUCAGUCAGCUGUCUCAGUUGUCGGGUUGCAGUGGGGAUCUAGGAGUUAGACAGAACCCAUUGGAUCUUGGAGAAGACUCAAAGCACAGUGGCAAAAGAUGGACAACAAAGGACACUCCAGCAAUGUUGCUAAUGAGACAAAGAGCUUUUCCUGCUGAAGAGAACAGAAACAGAGAGUCUUCCAAUCUUACCUCAUUUCAGUCACCAGGAACUGCAACACCUAUAAGACUGCAAGGACAGUUAGUUCAUGGAGUGUCAACCACAUCUUUGCCUAGACCCUGGACUAAUACAGCAAGACAUGGAAGACUACAAUACUAUUGACCCAUUUUCAUACCAAGUGGAACUUUUUCUUCCAUUUUGGCAUCGCUAUAAUGUGUUGGCUUGAGCAUGGAUGCAGAUUGCAACUUGCCCUUAAUAAAGUUCUCAAUGAACUGUGGUCCCUAUGUAUAUAUAAAACUGGCAAGUUAUGUGGGUGACAGGUGAACUUGGUGCUAUGCACAACUGUGAGCGGUCCUAGUGGAAUUAAUACUAAG